AUGGACACGACAUCUUCAGCUGGUAAACCAGUACAGAUCACUGUGACAGAAGGAUAUGAAUUGAGAGGCACUAAAGGGGAUUUUCCAGUUACUUUUGUUCGUGCAGAAUUUAAUAAUGUGGUCCUGGGAGACUCUACAAAAUUCAUGGUUACUGCUGAAGGAACAGCAAAAUACAACUUCACCACCAGUUUUGAGUUCAAUCCUGAUGGAACCAAUACUUUGGAUGAAUUAGCCCACAAGCCUGUGUUCUUGACUGUGAUUGAAGUUUUACCAAAGGAAAAGAAACAGAAAGAUGAGAAGACUGUAACUCUUGGUCAGGCAGUUGUGGAUCUUCUUCCUUUGCUAGAAGGAGAGUCCACAUUUGAGAUAAUGGCCACAUUACAUCCUGCGAUUGGCUCACCCUUAGAGAAUAAUCGACCAGGUGCUAAAUGUUGUCUUGAGGUAACAGUAUCUGUUUCGGAAGCAUUACUGACUACAGCCCAGAUCUUGGGUGGGAACCUUUUAAAGGUGACUUUAGAGGCUGCCUACUCUGUACCUGAAGCUUUUGUGCCUACAGGACCUCAGCAAAAUUACAUGGUUGGUUUGCAAAUUCCAUCAAAUAAAGAGAAAGACAAUCCAAUAGUCUUCAAAAAUGGAAUCCUAAAGCUUGGUGGGGAAAAAGAACCUGUACCUCGGCCCAAAAAAUGGCCCAUUUUCAACAUCAUAGCACCAGGAGCUCAGUACAUUCCUGAUUCUUUCAUUACUGGUGGCCCUUAUGCUGAAGAAGAUGGAGAACUCAACCAUCCAGAGGACAAAGAGUUUAGAAACCAAGCAGAAACUUUCAAGAAAAGAAUUGUCUGGGACUUGGAAAGUCGCUCCUACCUUGACCCUGUUGCGGUUGUCAAUUUUCAGAAACGAAUUGCAGAUUGCCGUUUCUUCCCAGUGGAGAUAACAAGAGUUCCUGUAGUUCCUGUGGCCAAAACAAAAACAAAAGCUGAUAAGGGUGAAGAGGAAUCACAAUAUAACUUUCAUGGUGUGGCAUAUGUUAACAUGGUGCCUUUGCUGUACCCUGGUGUAAAGAGAAUUCGGGGAGGUUUCCGUGUCCUUCCCUACUUAGAUGGUCCAGUAUAUGAGAAGACCAAAUGCCUGGUCAGUCUUUUCCGUGAUGUUGGACACCAGAACCAGAAUCACAAACCAACCAAUGUUCCAGGGGUCAAUUCCCCACAGGCCAAACCAGUCCUCACCAAGACCGGGAAAGAGGAAAAGACAGUCAAAGAGAAAGACACUGUAAGGAAGUCUUCCAGUAUAAAAUCCCAGAGCUCAGACUUCCCCCUGGAAGGUGAAAUGCCUCUGUACCAGAAUUCAGAAGGACAGCAAUACAUGGAAUCAGCAACAUACCUAGUUUUGGAGAUUGAACUGGAGAAAGCCUUGGUACCAAAACGAUUGCCAGAAGAGCUUGGAGCCCGAGUCAGGGACAUGAUUCCUCCACGACCUUCCCCAAUCCGCAGAACAGGAGGAGCUCAGAAGGCACUGGAUGACUACCACACUCAAAUCCAGAAUAUUUCUGUAGCCAUAUUAGAAGAGUACCACAAGAUGUUUGGUAAAGAUCUGACUCCAGGAAAAGAUCUAGAUAACCAAACCUUAGAGGAUCACAAAUGCCAGCUCAAUUAUGAGCUCAAUUGCUCUGGAAAAUAUUUUGCUUUCAAAGAACAACUCAAGCAUGCAGUGGUGAAGAUUGUGAGAGAGAAGUUCCUGAAGACAACUGCAUUUGAAAACCAGGAAGAGCUCCAGACAUUUAUCAGUGAACUCUACAUAUUUUUGGUGGAUCAGAUGAAUGUCACUUUGAACCAGAGCAUGCCAGAUGAGAGUCUAAGUACUGCUCUGACUGCUGCCACCACUUCGGAACAACUCCGACUCUUUGCAUAUGAAGCACAAGUCAAUGAAGACUUUGCCCUUGCAACAGUAUACUAUGAGGAGAGACUGGUUCGUGACAACCAGAAUAUAGAACACUGGCUGGAUUAUGGCUCAUUUUGCCUUCUGCUCGAUGAUAUUACCAAAGCACAAGAAUGUUUUCGUAAAGCUCUUUCUCUGAAUCAGACACACAUGACCAGCCUGCUGCUAUGUGGUCUUCUGGCUAUGAUGAUGGAGCACUAUGAACAAGCAGAGAUUUUCUUUGAAGAUGCCACUUGCUUGGAACCAAACAAUGUUGUGGCAUGGACUUUGCUCGGCUUGUUCUAUGAAAUUCAGAAUAAUGAUAUUCGAAUGGAAAUGGCAUUUCAUGAAGCUGCCAAACAGCUUAAUGCCAAAGUAAUCAAAGAAAAGACUACUAGUGAUUCUGUUGAUGUUGGAGGGAAACUGGAAUCCAGUAUAACAACCUUAGGAGUUGUGAGAUCUUCUUCACCAAGCAAAAGAGAAAUACCAGAUGAGAUUUCCAUGCUAGAUGAUCUUCUUGAAGACUCAACCAAACAUCAGUCUGACCCUUUGGAUUCACAAGGACAGGAAAUGAGUUCCAUCCACAGAACUUCCAGGUCAUUUUCCGUUUCUAAGGAGGCAUCAAAGAAAGCUUCCUCAAAAAGUCAGGUUUCAUCAGCUGUUCUGACUCCCUCAACCUUUCAAGGAGUUGCCCAGCCUCCCAUCAGUAUCUUCAUGGAGACAACACGCUUCUUGAUGAAGGUCAAGGCUAUUCAGUAUGUCCACAGGGUGCUUGCACAUGAAUUGCUGUACCCCCAAGGAGGCCCUAGCUGUGAAUAUUACUUGGUCCUGGGAGAGACACACCUUCUUAAGAAGGAUUUCCCCAAGGCAGAAGAGUACCUCCAGGCAGCUGUACAGAUGGAUUACAUGAACCCUAAUGUCUGGGGUUUGAAGGGCCACUUGUACUUUCUGACUGGAAAUCAUGCUGAAGCCAAGGAAUGCUAUGAACGAACGGUUAGUUUCGUAGUAGAUGCUGCUGAAAUGCACUUCAUCUAUCUGCGACUGGGAUCCAUCUAUCUGGAAGAGGGAGAGAAUGAAAAGGCAAAGAACACGUACAUGAUGGCUUGUAAAAGAUCACCUUCAUGCCUCACUUGGCUGGGAGUGGGAAUCGCCUGCUACCGGCUGGAGGAGUUCACAGAGGCAGAAGAUGCCCUUUCCGAAGCCAAUGCCAUGAACAACUACAAUGCUGAAGUGUGGGCCUAUCUGACCCUGGUCUGUCUAAAAGCUGGGAGGAGACUGGAAGCAGAACAGUCCUACAAAUACACAUUGAAGCUAAAGCUGGGUAAUGAGGAAUUGCUCAAGGAGAUCCACAAAGUGCAAGAGAUGGUUGGCUUUGGGGACCCUUCCUUCUGACCGCCUUCAAGAAGGAGCUUCUUUUGUCUGACUCUAAAGGGAAGAAACCUCCUGAGCCCCUGAAUCCUGGAGUCAGACUAAUCCUGCACCUGAAGAACAAAACAAUCCACCCCAGAAACUGGUACAUUUUGGCAGG